CAGAUUUCGAUAAAUAGCCAGAAUUGUAGCCAAUAGCUAAAACCAGCUAGAUCUAGCAAUAAACGGGAAAAGACAAUCGCUCGGCGGUAAAGCCCUGCGAUCUGCUCAGGACACGCAAAAUUGCAAAAAUUCAACAUUUUCGCAGUUAAAAUCGUAAUCGGUAAAAGGCCAUUGCCCGUAUGAACAAGAACGAUAGUGAGUGCCCAGUGACCAGUGCCCAGUACGGGCGUGUUUGUGUGUGCUACGCUGCUACCUCGUUGCUGCUCGUUGCGUCUGUGUAUGUGCGAGAGUGUGCAUAAAAGGCAUAGCAACCCAGAAGCAGCGACGCCGACAACAACUGUAAUUUUCCAUUAAUUUUUGGGCGGUUGUUUGCUACGAUCCCCCUCUCCUUCCCUAAAAAAUCCUUUUUGAUUUUAGCGGAAAAUACCACAUCCUAGCUGGAAAAAAAGGAUUCAAAAAAUAUUUAAAAAAAAAAAAAGGAAAGCAAGGACGGAAGGACGGAAGGAGUGAGAAGAGCGAAGGAGAGACGCGCCCCCUCGUUUCCCGAUCGUUUCCAGCCAACAGGAGUGCGAAACCGUCUUGAAUGGAUCCAUUUGUUGGCUGGUUUCAGAAGGAACAGGAGGGCCCAUCGCUGCGCACAUGGUUAAAGAUUUGGGAGACGAACGCCCAGGAGAUGGGCGCAUUGCUUGAUCAGCAGCUACAGCAGGCGACGACAAACGGCAACAGCAACAGCAACAGCAUCAACAUCAACAGUAGUGGCAGCAGCAUAAGCAGUGGCAGUGGCAGUGGCAGCUCCACCACCACCACCUCCUCCAACUCCUCCUCCAACAACUCCACCAACAACAAUAGCGGCAAGCCCUACUUAUCGCGUCCGACUAGUUCCCUCAGUCGGGUUAUCAACUUCCGUGCAGAUUCCUUGGAGAUUCUGCAGCAACUCAACGGAAUCUCCUCUCAGCGUCACACCCCCAGCAGCAACAGCAACAACAACAACAACAACAACAAUAAUAAUAAUAUUAAUAAUACUACUACGAAUAAUAAUAAUAAUAAUAAUAGUAACACAAAUAGCUCCACAACUACUCCGGCCACAGCAACGGCUACGGCUGAUUCGACCGUAAAUUCAACCGCCACUAGUACCGGAAGUAGCAGUAGUAGCAGUAGCUCCAGUAGCUCCUCCACCUCAAACGGCCCAACAACAACAACAUCAUCAGAAGCAGCAACAACAGUAGCAGCAGCUACUACUACAACAACGGCAGCAGGAACAGGCGGAUCAGUUGCUGGUGAAGUCCUGGGAGCAACAUCAACAACUACCACAGGCACCACCACAACCACCACCAGUAGCAGCAGCAGCAGUAGCAGUAGCAGUAGCUCCACCAGCAAUAGCGUCACCAGCAGCACCAACACCAGCAACAGCACUAGUAGUAGCAACAACAUGAACACCGAAUCAAUCAACAACCCGCCACAAAUGUCAGCGACAACCGCCAGUCGCACCAGCAUCUACUACAAUCCCUCGAGGAAGAAACGGCCGGAGAACAAGUCUGGCGGUGCUCACUUCUAUAUGAACAACCAUCGAGAGAUGAUAGCCAAGUACAAGGGUGAACCGUGGCGAAAGCCAGACUAUCCCUAUGGCGAGGGUGUGAUCGGGUUGCAUGAGGAGAUUGAGCAUUUCUAUCAGUAUGUCCUGCCCACUCCCUGCGAGCACGCCAUCCGCAAUGAGGUCGUUAAACGCAUCGAGGCCGUUGUCCAUUCCAUUUGGCCGCAGGCAGUGGUCGAGAUAUUCGGCUCCUUUCGCACCGGACUCUUUUUGCCCACCUCCGAUAUUGAUCUCGUUGUCUUAGGUUUAUGGGAGAAACUUCCUCUGCGUACCCUGGAAUUCGAGCUAGUUAGUCGCGGCAUUGCUGAGGCCUGUACUGUUCGGGUUUUGGACAAAGCCUCUGUGCCCAUCAUCAAGCUGACCGAUCGGGAGACCCAUGUGAAGGUCGACAUCUCGUUCAAUAUGCAGAGUGGCGUCCAGUCGGCCGAACUGAUCAAGAAGUUUAAGCGCGACUAUCCGGUAUUGGGAAAACUGGUGCUAGUUCUCAAGCAGUUCCUUCUGCUCCGCGAUCUCAAUGAGGUGUUCACCGGCGGCAUCUCUUCCUAUUCACUGAUCCUGAUGUGUAUCAGCUUCCUGCAGCUGCAUCCGCGCGGCAUCUACCAGGACACAGCCAAUUUGGGUGUAUUGUUGCUGGAAUUUUUCGAGUUGUAUGGCCGCCGUUUCAACUACAUGAAGAUUGGGAUUUCCAUUAAGAAUGGAGGGCGGUAUAUGCCAAAGGAGGAUCUGCAGCGUGAUAUGGUGGAUGGGCAUCGGCCGUCGCUACUGUGCAUCGAGGAUCCGCUGACGCCCGGCAACGAUAUUGGACGCAGCAGUUACGGGGUCUUCCAUGUCCAGCAGGCCUUCAAGUGCGCCUACCGCGUCCUCGCCCUCGCCGUCAGCCCGCUCAAUCUCCUAGGCAUCGAUCCGCGUGUGAACUCUAUACUGGGACGCAUUAUUCACAUCACUGACGAUGUAAUAGACUAUCGCGACUGGAUACGCGUGAAUUUCGAGCACCUGGUUGUAGUGGAUCGCAUCUCGCCGCUGCCAGCCACCGCCUACGCCAACGGAGCACCCAAAUAUGUGAUCAUGCCCUCGGGCGCCGUCGUCCAACAGCUCUACCACCAUCAUCCGGCGGCGGCAGUCCAAGUGGCAUCCGCCCACAACAGUCACGCCCAUCCCGGCGCCGCUGGCACGCAUCUGGGCCAGGCGUUCGUCACCAGUGGCACCAAUGCCAUGACGACAAUGACCACGGCCGUGUCGGUGGUGGGCGGCGGUGGUCCUGGAGGAGUGGGCAUCCCGAUAGUCACCCACCAGCAGCAGCAGCAACAGCAACAGCAGCUGGCCGUGCAGCAGUCCCAGAACAAGAACCGACACAGAAGAGGCAGCACCUCGUCGGGCGAUGAUUCGGAGGACAGCAAGGACUGUGACGUGGUGGAGGUGACGUCGGGUGGCCCGGACAUUAUAGACAUCACCAUUUCGCCAUCGAACGGCGGAUGGGGCGGCGGCAACGUCAAUGGCAGCGGCAACAGCUCCUCGACAGGAUCUUCGCCAGAGAACACCAACGAGCAGGAACUGGAAGAUCAAGUGAGCAGCAACGGCGGAGGAGUCGGUGGAUCUGUGGGCGGAUCUGGUAGUGGCUCUGGAAGCGGAGGCGGUGGCGGCGGAGGCGGUAGUAGCGGUGGCGGCAGCAGCGGCGGACGCAACUACAACCAGAGAGGCAGCCACAACUCCACCGGCUACUACCACCAGCAGUACUACGUGCCACCGCCGAUGCAACAGCAGCAGCAGCUGAGCAAGAGCAACUCGUCCUCCUCCUCGAACUACCAUCACCACCACAGACAGCAGCAGCAACAGCAGCAGCAUCACAGCCAGCAGCAGCAGCAUCAUCACCAGCAGCGACCGCAACACCUGCGUCUAGGAGGCGGAGGUGGCAGUGGCGGUGGUGGCGGUGGCGGUGGCGGUAAUCGAUAUCAGAAAUCAGUGGGUGGAUCGCCGAUCAGCAACAGCAACAGCAGCAACAACAGCAACAGCAGCCACAGCAGCAGCAGUCACAGCAGCAGCAGUCACAGUCACAGUCACAGUCACAGCCAUAGCCACAGUCAUAGUCACAGUCACAGUCACAGCCACGGGAGCAACAAUCACAGACUGCCGCCGCUGAGAGGGACGCUGGUGAACUCAUCAUCGGCGAUAUCCAUCAUAUCGAUAUCCUCCGAAUCCUCAAUAGCCAGCAGCAGUUCGAGUUCGUCGAGAUCUGGGCAGGAUCAGCAGCAGAAUGAGAGGGACGAGCGAUAGGAUUAGGGAUAGUAGAGUAGUAGGGAUAAUCAAGGAUUACACUGAGAAACAAACUGAGAGAUUGAAAAUGAUAGAGAGAUAGAAACACAAACACACUUAGAAAGAUACAGAUACAGAUACAGAUACAGAUACAGAAACAGAACAGAGAGAGAGAGAAAGAGAUAGAUUAAAACGAGUUAGCAAUAUUUAUGAAUUAUAUUUCUUUCUCAGGUUUACACUGCAAACUAUGCUGCAUUUUUCUAAUUAAAAAUAUCCCCACAAGCCUCCACAACCUCCAAAAGCAUCCUAAUCCCAAAACAAAAACAAAAAUCCAACACAAAAAAAAAUCUAAAAAAAUCAACAAAACAAAAAACUAAAAAAGAAAUUAUAUAUAUUUAAAAUAGUUAGAUUUUCUUUUUUUUUUUUUACAUUGCUGUCUCGCUAGCAAACAAAAAAAAACUAUAAAUAUAAAAAAAUAUAUAUAUAUAUAAAAAAAAAACUAUUAAGCUUAAAUAUUGCAAAUUCGCCUCUGAUUGCGCUAAAUGUAUUUCAUUUUGUUUCUAAAAUAAAUAUGAAAGCCACAACACACAACAAGUAAAUAAGCAAACACCUAUAUGUAUAUAUAAAGAAGAGAUAAAAAAAUAAGGAAAAUUAUUUAGAGUUAUUUAGGAUGUAAUUUGUAAAACUCAUGAUAGAUCGUAAUGGUUGGAAAGUGCGAUAAACUGAAGUAUGAAAUUAGCCGCUACGUAUUUAAGAACUGCGCCUACAUAUUAUCUAUAUAUAUAUAUAUAUAUAUAUAUAUAUAUAUAUAUAUAUAUAUAUGUUUCACAAUCUCUCUUAGAUGUAUAUAUACCUAUGUAUCUAUUUAUAUAUAUGCAUAUAUGUGUGUAUAUAUAUGUAUGUAUGUAUGUAUGUGUAUAUGUAUGUAUGGAACAGUGUAACUAAAAAAAGCAAACGUUAAACAGUUUUUUCACUAGAUUUUUUUUUUUAUAAAUAUAUAUAUAUAUACUACAUAAACCUAAUAAAUUAGAUUGUAGUUGUUAGAGCUCCAUCCCACCCCUCACUCCCUCCUCCACUCUCCCCAAACACAAAACACAGUCACGCGCAUUCAAAAAAUCUUGUAAAGUAAUUUUAAGUGCCACUAUAUAUUUUGUAAACCAAAAAAAAAACAAAAAAAAAAAAAAAAUUACACAAAAAACCUAAAUCCUGCUCGCAAGGAUCACGCUAAUAUUACUAAGUGUCCUUGCGGGCGAAUGUUAAAAAAAAGAAUCAAGAAUCAAGAAAUCCUAGUAAGCCUCCCAAAUUGUAACUAAUUUUUAUCGCAUUGUUUAACUUCCAGUUAUAUCCCUUUAAUUUUUAUGCCUGAAAUGUAAUUGUUUUUAUACCAUUAGUUGCGUUUAUGAUGCUUAUAAUUAGUUUUUUUUUUACACAACUAUUCUAUAGAUAACAAAAAAAAUCAUAUAAUUGUACUGCAAACACACAUUUGCUCUCCCAAGAAUCCAAGAAACAGUCGUAAUAGCAAAUUGUGUUUUAAAACUAAAAACAAACAAAAAAAAAAAAACAAAAACAAAAAAGAAAACUAAAACAAAAAAAAAACGAUAAAAAAAAAUAAGAAAACCAACAAAAAGCAAAAAACACAACUUUUUAUUUAUAACAUAUUUAUGUUUCUCUUUUUUAAGCAAUUUUGUGCAUAAAUGCAUAGAUUCCUGCCAUUUUGUUGUUUGCUGUAUAGUCCCGUUAUGCUCUGUAAAUACUAUGUUACGCCACACAGACGCCCCCUCGCGACACGCCCACAACACCCACCAACACACCCUACCCAACACUACCCACACUCCUCCUUCUAAACGCACUGCCAUUUUGAGAAAGGUUUUAAAAAAACAUGUCAAAAGUGGAGCAUAGAGCAGAAAAUGAUGAACUAGUUGAAAAAAAAAAAAAAAUAAGAAAACAUUUAGACUUUGUACAUGUAUAACAUUUUAGGCUGUUCUUCUUUCCAUUUGUAAGAGAAAAACAAAAAAAAAAAAAUACCAAACAAAAACCGAUCUUAUUGUAAAUCAACUCAAAUAGUUUAUGAUUAUGUUUUUUGUCGAUUUUGAAAACUGAUUGUACGCGAGUUUUGAACCGAGAUCGAGAACGGAGAUCGCGAUUUCAGGCACUAGGCAACAAUAAUUUUAAUGCUUUUUAAAUAUUUCACAAAACAUUUUGCUAAAGUAUACAUUUUUAAAAUUUAUUUUUAAAAAUAAUUGUGCUUCAAUAGAUAUUUGUUGCCAGUGUAAUAAUCGCGAUGUCCAGUGUUGGCAAAGGCCGAAACUGCUCUCUCCCUUUGGCACGAUGACUCCUACAAGCUUGCAGCUGAGAGCUUUGAAGCCCACCUACACACUCUCAAUCACACAGACGCGCCAUCGCACCCACACACACUCACACACACAUACUAAUACACAUGAUACAAGAGAGAGAGAGAAACGGACACUUAUUAACGGUAAUUUAGCAUAGAAUGUUAAAUAAAAAAUUAUUAAGAGAGAGAGAGAGAAAAAUCCAAAAGGAGCAAAUAGCGAGAUCGUAUCGUAAAAAGUGAGAGAGAGAGAAUGUAAUAAUAAGGAUUAUUAAAUUUAUGCACUCGUCUGUUGAAUAUUUAUAUGUAUGAAUUAUAUGUACGUAGUUACUAAUAUUAACUAAUUGAUAAAUAUACAAUAUUUAUAUAUGCAUACCUUGUGGAUUACCUUGUGUGUGUGAACAAAAUAAAACAAAAACAGAAACUGAAAAAAAGCAACAACAAAUGUUUAGAAUUAGCGAUCCUAGACAAGUAAGACUCGUAAAUCGUAAUUCGUAAAUCGACAACUACUUAGAGCCUAUGUAAGCACACCCACAAAUACAAAACACACCCACACGCGCAUAAUCGCUAUGAAUGUUGAGGUUAUGUCGUAGAUUUUUCAAUAUCCGAUCACUGUUCCCCUUAGUAAGGACAUAAGAAAAACGAAAGAAAAACAUAAAAACUGUACUGUAAACUGUAAUAACUGUAAAAGUAACUCAUUUCUCUACUAGAUUCCAUGCGUCUUGAGUCGAGUAUCUCGUUAGUUCUCGUUUCGAUUUUUCCUCCGAUUUACAAUCUACACACGAUAUUAUCAUUAUAUUUAUUAUUAUUAUUAUUAUUAUUGUAUAUCUUCUUCCAUAUGUUGUUGUUGCAUACUCUUUAUAUAAUUAUUUUUUUUUAAUUUUUUCGUCGCGAUAUUCAAAUUGAACUAAAUUGAAAUUACAUUUAAAGUAAAUCAAAUCGACGAUCGCAACAUGAUGUAUAUGAUUAGAGUUCAAUAGCUGUGUAAGGAAUCUAUCGAAUCGGAACCGUAAUAAUUUAGUAAUGGAUAAAUCGUAAAUCUAACUGAUUGUAUAAUUAGCAAAGAAACAGUAAAAAAAAACAGUAAAAUAACUAAAAGAAACGACGAGGAAAAACGAUAAGAGGAAUGCGAUAAGCAAAAAAAAAAAAAAGAUGCGACAAAUAAAAGCCGGCAAAAACUAAA